AUGAGUUGUCCGUUUUUGAAAAUAUUCAACCCUGCAUCGUUUGCAACAAAAAUGGAAGCAUACGGAAUAUCUAUUGUUGAAAUUGAUGGAGUUUCUGUUUUAACACAUAACGGAAGUAUUAUUAUCCUGAUUUCCGAGAGAUUUACCCAGAGAUAUUUAGUAAAUCUCGUAGGCUGUCCUAGUAUCCGUGAAGGCAUUCUAGUAUCCGUGAAGGCAUUCUAUCAACAAUCAAUAACCCCUUCGACAACCACUCAAAGGACCAUUAUGUGCCCAAAAGUGUUGUAUCUGUCGAUCACGCGUCGGAAAUAG